AUGCCGAUUCUGGUAUUGACUCUCGUGACAAAAAAGCCGGUGCUCAUUACUGCCUUCUCCCACUUCCUCCUCCUCGACACCUUCGUAUCCGCAGUCUGCCGAUUACUCAUCCUGCAAUUCUUCGCAGAGUCCUUCUAUGACCACAACAUCUGCAGCAACAACUACGACCCGACGUGGAGUCCGCAGAACUUCAGGCACGAUAUCGUCACGAGCGUGCGAUAUCAAAAGGAAUACCUAUGGCAAUUCAGCCAUAAGAAGAGAUGUCGCGUUGCGCUGGGCGCGGUGCAGGUCGUCCUGGUGACGCUGGUGAUAUGUCUCACGGCAGCGCAAGGAUCGCUGGCGGUGACGAUGCGACGCUAUGGGAAGAAAUUCGACCAGAAGAGGUUGAACAAAGUGGCUGUCAGAUUGGCAGAGAAGCCGCGGCAGAGUCCACAACCAGAUCCUGAAAAGCUCGAUGAUGUUGGGCGCGUCCAAGUGACUCCAAAUCCGGACGAGGCAUGCCACUUCAAAAUGCCCACAGCUGUUGCAUCCACACCCACAGCUUCCACUAUGCCAGCCAACGACCUCUCGAGCAUGCACGCAUCUGAAGCAACUUUGAACCAAUCCCGGGACGGUGAUGGCGCGGUCGAGAACAAGUAUCGACUCGCCAGCUUGAGCGAGAUGAGCGAGGAUGUGGACAGAUACGUGACGAUCUCAAGGAGGAGCUCCGGUGGAAGAUCGAUUAGGCCAGCACGCGCUUCAGAUCAAGUGCAAGACAGGUGCCAGAUGCUUGCCUCAUCGUGCUCGUGCCUGAACAAACAUUUCGCCUCCACACCUUUCCCAUGA